CAUAUAAUCACAUGAUUUGUUCUUUUGUUUUUCUGGUGUGUAUCCGGAGAUAUCUCUAACAACGCAAUUGCCUUUACUACUGUACUUUAUAGAUAUAUAUUCUCUUCUUUGCUUCCUCUUCUCCGCAUCUUGUGCUAUCGCCCAUAUCGGACGCUAAUAAAGCAACCAGCAAGCCAUUGGCCGGCAAGAUGAGGCCUUUCCAUCGCUCACUCCGCGCGCCGCGGAAGACGACUUUGCAGCAAACCCGGCAUUUCCACCCAACAAGACCGUCGCCUUUUGUUAACGAACUAUUAGACGCUUCGUCCACAUUCAUACAGGGCGUUCAUUCAAUCAGUGGUCUGUCAUGGGCAGUAUCCAUUCCAUUGACCGCAUUGAUCGUUCGAUCAACCGUCGCAAUGCCUCUACAGAUAUAUACCAAGAUCCAAGCGCGCAAGGAGCGGGAUCUGGUUCCACUUCUCUCUUCCUGGAAGAAGUACUACAAGGAUGAUAUAUUGAGAAACAAGUUCAAAGUCGACGACGUUAAUGACAUUCAAAACCUUUCGACCGCUACUCCUAUGCUGGCGCAACGUAUGAAAUCGAAACAUGCGGACUUGAGAAAGCGAUGGAACAUCCCAAAGUUCUGGAAGCCACUUAACUUUCUCCAAAUUCCCAUUUGGAUAUCAGUCAUGGAGGCUCUCCGAGCCAUGUCUGGAAAUGACAAGGGUCUUAUUCCGUAUCUUCUGUCCCUCGUCGAGCCUACCUCUUCAUCAGGAGCCCCUCGUCUCCAUCUAGAGGUCGAGCCCUCCCUAGCGACGGAAGGCGCGCUUUGGUUUCCGGAUCUACUAGCAGGCGACACAACGGGUAUUCUGCCAGCGGCAUUGACCAUGUCUAUCCUGCUCAACAUCAGCGCCGGCUGGAAAGCCAAGAAGUUCUCGCAGAUGGCCGAUUUGCCGAAGAUAGAGCUCUAUAGGGCUUUGACCGUGCGCGGAAUCAGGGCUUUCAUUCAGGUUCUGGCGCUGAAUGUCGGUCUUUCGUCUUACUACUAUGAAAUGCCCGCGGCGCUUCUGCUCUACUGGGUCACCAGUACGAACAUUGCCACGCUGCAAACCGUUUUCCUAGACAAGUGCAUGUUCAGGAAGGAACCACUAAAGCCCUGGAAGCAGAUGCAUAUCGGGUACACUGCAAACAAAGCGUGCGCUCCGGAGGACUCAAUUUACAGAGCUACCAUGACGGACGCAAAGGGCUUCAAGGGACUCCACUAGGGGUGAUUACUGGAUGAUUCAAGAGAGAUGCAUCUGUCAGUAUGGAGCUUGCCAAAUGGGCCGAUAAUAGCUGCGGGCCAACAAUAAGAAAGGCCUGCUUUCGCUCCGCUAGGA